GGCGGCGUCACCGAGUCUCCACGCUACACGCCUGCAAUCUGCGCUGCAGCGCAGACAACAGAAGAAAAAACGAAAAAUGGAAUAAGAAAACAAAAAGGAGAAGAAGAGAAAAGGAAAGAAACAAAGAGCAGCACAUGCGGAGUCCCAAGAGUUCUUCCUCGUCAGAGACGAUUUCUAGGAUCACCGAACUCAUGGACUGUAAUUCAGGUUUCUUUUAGGGUAGAUAAUUUAGUAUUUGUUAGUACAAAGAGACAGAGACUUGGGGUUCUAGGGCAUGGAAAUCGAGGUCUCCGGCUCCAAUUCUGUGGUUCCCAGCAUGGAUUUGGAUAGGGAAAAGAAGGCGGAGGAGGAUCGGAUUCGCUUAAAGAGGAAGACAUUGGAGCAUGUGCUUGACCAGUGCCAUAGGGCCCUUGAAUUGCUCAGUAGUGGGAAUGGUGUUGAUGAUGACGAUGAUAGCGAUGGUGGCCCGCAGUCUCAAGGGGAGGCCAGUCGUGAAGACUCGUCGGUUCAGACUGGCGAUCGAGAAGCUGAUGAGUUGUGUGAUCUUCUCAAAUCUAGAGUUGAGUGCCCUGAUUUCCUCGAAAAACUGGAGCACGCUCAGUCAUCAGUUCCUCCAAAUGUUACUGAAGAAGGUAGUUCUUGGGACAUGAUCAAUGAAAACGAUCUUUGGGAUGGUGAAAAUCCUGAUUCGGAUCAAGAAGAUUAUGUUCUGGUUAGGCAAGAAGAUAUUGUAGAAGGCAUUGCUUGUUUCAUGGCUGCAUAUUUGUUGUCUCUCAAACAGACUAAGGACUUGACCCCAAAUCAACUCCAGGAAGCACUUAGCAAGACAUUCUCCGUUAAAAAGAGAAAAGGAAAGUUUCGGAAGGCAUGGGAUGGGAGUAAAGUUAUUUAUAAUGUUGCGUCUUGGGGAGCUACUGCCAUUGGGAUAUAUCAGAACCCUCUUAUUCUCAGUGCUGCCUCUAAAGCCUUUUGGACUUCUUGUCAUGUUAUAUCAAAGUUUCUCUGACUUUACCUGUUUCUGGCUGGAGAUAUCUAUGCUAUUGGAAUUCACUGCUGUACUUCUACUUAUGCUGCCAAUGCAGCUCCCUGUUCCAUAUGGUGUGCCAUUCUUUCCUUGUCAACAGAUCAAUUUAUUUCUCCUAUGUAAUUUAAUCUUGUAAAUACUUUUUCAAGCUCAAAGAAAUUAUGGGUGAAAUUCAAUAUCAUUUUCAAUUUCUGUCUUUUAUUGCUCUC